AUGUCAACUACAAUAUAUUCGAAUCAAGUAAAGCUGGCUUCUAAUACUGUACCAAGUGAUUAUUUUGAAGAUUGUUGGAUUAACCUACCUUCAAGUUUCAGGUCAGUAUUACUUAAAACCUUUGAUAAAAACUCUAUCAAAAAUUCUCUUUCUGAAUACUGGAAUCGCGAAUCAUAUCCUACUGGAUUAUUGCAUCUUAAACAGUUAGCUCGUUUCCUCUCUGAUCUAUUAAAAAACCCUCAACUUUUACAUUCUUUAACUAGGCUAGUUGAAUCUAAUCAGUUUAAGGACUUUGUUGCUAAGAACAAUCUUGAGUUAACUAAAGACUGCGGAACUAAUUGGCACUAUACUUCUAAGCUAAUUAAAGAACCAGAAGAUAAUUAUAUGUUCGAUAAUACUCUCAACGAAGAGUCUAUAAAUACUUUUGGAUUCUCAACAAAUUCUAGAUUGAUUGAUCCCUUUAUAAAUAGUCCACAGACUUUUAUAACGACUGAUCGCCCAUCGCCUGUAGAAACUCAUCAAAAGCUUCUGAUAUAG